AUGAGUCAGCAUUGGCCUCCCUUUCCCUCCGGAAUCAACAACCCAACUCGAUGGCCAACCCAGCAGUUCUCGCCGUCUGCCGGCCUUGCAGACAUGUUUGGUGAUGACUUUGCCGUCUCUCAGCUGGCGAUUCCCGCUGUCAGCGUGCUGAUCAGCUUCCUCGCGUACACCUCGCAAUAUCUCUUCCUGCACUUCGAGUCAGCACCACUCCAAAAAGAUGAGGCCUGGAAGAUCAAUAUCUUCGCCCUGUGCAUCUGGAUAUGCUACUUCCGCGCUUGCUAUACAGACCCCGGCCGACUCCCCAGGGAAUCGGCGGGUCAAAAACAGGACGAUGGCUCGGCCCAUAGUCGCCAGCGAUGGUGUCGCAGAUGCGAGGCCUACAAACCACCGAGAGCUCACCACUGCAAGACUUGCAAGAGGUGCAUCCCUAAAAUGGACCACCAUUGUCCAUGGACGAACAACUGUGUCUCAUAUUUCACUUUCCCUCACUUUACUCGCUUUCUAUUCUAUGCGGUGGUCGGUAUGUCCUAUCUCGAGACUUGUCUUUUUGAUAGGGUAUCGAUUGUCUGGGGCAACAGAGCUCUACCAAGUUACCUUGGCCCGUCAAUUGUGCAGCUUGGCCACCUAGCUAUUCUGUUUAUAGUCAACAGCAUGACAGUAUUUGCGUUGUUCGUUUUGCUAGUCCGAACCGUGUGGUCUCUCGGAUCCAAUACUACUACCAUUGAAUCCUGGGAAAUUGAACGACAUGCUACCUUGGUCCGCCGGGCUCGUGUCCUAGGUGGAUAUCUCGAUGGUCCCGGGGGCGUCCGUAUUCACAUCAAACAACAAGAGUUUCCUUAUGACAUUGGCAUCUGGGCCAACAUCAAACAAGGCAUGGGAGGAAGUUCUAACUUUCUAAGCUGGUUCUGGCCACUCGCUUUCACACCCAACCGUUCUUCAGGCUGGGAUUUCGAGGAGAAUGGUUUCGAGAGCCCCGGUGUCACAUGGCCACCACCAGACCCAGAUCGCAUUCCUUUGCCAGCGAGUGCCAAUCGGGAACCCCAAAUGCCACAAACAUACGCCUCUGCCAGGGAAGAAGUCGAGGCUUUCAAGCGUCGUCAAUCGGAAGAUCUGAAGCGCCAGAGACCAUUCGAGAGAGUCCAACGUCGAAAGAGAUUUUAUGAUCGUUACAAGGAACUCAGAGACGAAGAUGAAAGCCGUGAGGUUUCUCCCGACCGCGGGUCUGCCAGUGCCUCUGAUGAAGGCGAGGAAUCCUGGCGCAACUCCGAGGGAGAGCGAUUGCGCGAUUUUGGAGUCGAUGAAGACGUCGAAUUCUACGACGAGGAAGAUCUUCCGUUAGCUGUCCUGAUUGAACAGCGAAGGCAAAGAAAACAGUGA